AUGUUUGUCCCGGGACUUGUCGUCCUCGGUUGGGCUGUCAGUUGGGCCGCCAGCCAAUCCAUUGAUCCCAGUACAAUCCCAUUGCCUACUCGUGACCAAUGGUGUAACCAGCAAAAAACCUCUUGCCCUCUGAUCUGCCUGCAACUCCCCAACGGCACUUCUGCUACAGAAAGCAACAGUUGUGACCCAGCAACCCUGGACUACUCGUGUGUUUGCAGUGACGGCCAAUCCCCCAACUCGACCGAGUAUUCCCAGACAAUCCCAUACUACAUCUGCACCGCCUACAACUCCCAGUGCCAGACCAACUGCAACGGUAACUCAAACUGCCAGGCUGCCUGUGUUCAGGACCAUCCAUGCGGUGCCCAGGAACCCAAGCUGUACAAUAUCACAUCAACUGCGGGUGCCACUGCCACGAAGACAGGCACAGCCACAAGCUCCGGUGGUGGUAAUGUUGUCUACACAGGCUUUGGCACUGGCUCUGCUACAACUGAGACCAGUUCAUCGGAAGGAUCUGCUGCCAUCGUUCGGCCAUUGCUGAGUGAGUUUGGCCAAAUAUACGGUUUGUUCAUGGUUAUAGCUGGAUUCGUUGGCGGAUUCGCCGUCCUGCUAUAA